AUGUCCUCUUUAACAAAAUCUACUACUGUUCUUUUUGGUGCUAUCAGUCGUGCUACGGCUACCAAAUCUGUUUAUAUCCCUGCUUCUUCACUUCAUAUUACUUCCGUUAUUCGUCGUGAAACAGUAGCAGAUAAAGCAAAGAAAGUUGCUAAUGACACUAGCAAAGGUGCAAAUAAAACAGUGAAUGCUACAAUGAAAGAUGCUGAAAAUUUUACAAAGGAUGCAAAGGAAAAGGUUGGACAAUAUAAAGAUCAAGCUUCAUUAGCUGCUGAACAAUUAAAGGACUCAACAAAUAAUGUAAAUAAGCGUGUUGGUGAAAAAUUAGUUGAUGCCAUUGACGGUGCUGAAAAUUUAGUUGAGAACAUGAUUGAGAAAUCAAAGGAAGCUAUAGGUAUUGGUGCUAAGAAAGCUGAUCAUAAAAUGGAUGAAGUGAAAGAUGAAACUAAACUUAAUGCUAAGAAAGCUGCUAACUAUGUGGAUGAAGCAAAAGAUAAAGCAAGUCAGCAAGUAAAAGAUAAAAUGAGUUAAAGAUGAUGACACAGAUAUUCUUAUUAUUAUUUUCUU